UCUCUGACCCUAACCCAUGUUCGUCAUAUAUAAAAAAUAAAUAAUAUGGCUGAGGUACGCACCCCAAGCAGAUGCUGGCGCACCACACCAGAGCACUUCCUUAAAUAAGGGGGGGUGGCAAGUUACCAAACCGAAGAGGCUAUCGUCACGUGGCGAGAUGUCCUAGGUGACAGCCUAAGGUUAGCCCCUCCUUUUAAAUAGAGCAAGCUACACAGUCGUCCCCGCCUAGUUGCUCUAGAUGCUCGACCACCUUCUAUGCAUUUUUAUCCUGAAAUAAACAUCGUCAUGGGUUUGUUAACAACGGCUGUAGGGUAUUCAAGUCUGGCUUUAUAGCAUCGGGUGUCUCUCCGUCUGCCCCGCUGCCUUUCCCUGAACCCCUUCGUGCACGUGAGCGUGUUACUGCCGCCGUGAUCGGCUCUAAGCACAAGAGAGACUACACAGUCUCGAGACUUACCCGUAUUCAAACGUCACGAGCGCUAUCGGGAUUCGGCCUCACCCCGGCAGAUAUGGUGCGCGGGGAGUUUGGCAACACAUUUGUUGAAUUGAGGAAUCCGGCGUGUUAUGCGCUACGGGUCCUUUAUCACGUCUUCUCCGAUAGUCAUAUCGUAGCCAACGUUCGCCAGCAGGUUUCACCCCUGGAGCGUGCCGAAAACGACAGAGGGGGCAUUGUUGACUGCAUCGACUUGGCCAGCAUUCGAGAAUCCUACCCUGUGCUUCUCAGUAACUUCAAGGAGUCCUUCUCUACCGCACCGCGGACCCUGGGCCACAUAUGCUGCUCGGAGAUGUGCGGGCAGAUGAACGGGCAGACGGACUUCUUUUCAAGACGGGUAGCAAGCCUGCGAUCCCAGUACCGAUUUCCCUGUAUAGAAUCACGAUGCUAGGGAUUUCAACCACGUACCUACGUUCCGUAUCGAGGUUAGGUCGGAAGAAGCCAAACAGCAGCACUGCGCGCUUUUGGCGGCGGCCACGUCCUUUGUCCGGGUCGGCAUUUGUCGACACGGAAAACAUGACCCUCGCCGCACUGCUAGCACUCCAAUUUGAUGUCGCGCCGGUGGCAUGUAAGUGUAUUGAGACUACGUGAGGGAAAUCACCAGCUCAGGCAGGUUAUCCCAUCAAAGAUGAGGAUAUAGAUGUUGAGCGUAGACCUCUGAUCGGAAAAGGAGAAGAGGUGGCAAGCGAGGUUUUCCUGGGUUAGGGGGCAUAUGCUGGUGUCGUGCGGUGUGGUCACGUGAGC